AUGAUGAUGAUGGGACGUGGAUUUUUGGCAAUGAUUGUCGCCGUCGCUGUUUUGUUGGAUACGGCCAACUGUGCCGACCAAGUCGUCGAGGCGACCGGCGCCGUCAUUUCCUCUGGCGACGAGAAGAUUCUCGAAACGACAGCUACCGUAACCCAUGAAGCGGCUACAGUAACCACUCAAAAAGCUACAGUAUUCCCGGCAAACGCUACAGUAACCGUAACGGAAAAAGAAGACGACGAGAAACCGAUAACCGAAACGAUUCGCACUUACAUUGAGGACUCGGUCAAGUCAGUUAAACAUGCGAUCUCGAAAAUCGGAAAAUUCGUCGGAGAACUUUUUGAAGACGCACCAGCCAACUCAACCCUCUCAUCGAAUGCCACGUCAUCUACCGUAACCCAAGCAUCUACAGUAAUCAUCUCCACAGCUACACCGACCGCUGAGACCCAGAAGUAA